AUGCGUGCUCCUUCCAGCCAGCUGAUCUCGCGCCUGGCUGUCGCCAAGCGAUUCUACGCCACGCAGCUCGGCCACGCCGAUCGGGCGGGGAUGGACGAGCUGGACAUGGACGGCGACGAGAACAUGGGCUGGCCCGACUUUGCCUGCCCCUACUGCUACAAGGACCACGACAUCGCCUCCCUUGUCGCCAACCUCGAGGAGGACCACCCCUUCGAGCCCCACGCCGCGGUCAGUCCCGAUUAA